AUGAGAGCCAGAAGCGAUGCUGCAGUCUCCUUCAUUGACCGCCUUAGCAAGAUUCCGCUUCUUCCGCAUCGCCCAGAUGACCACCUCGUCGUUCGGCCCGUGGCGUCGUACCCACACCCACGUGAAGACGAAUGGGCUCAGGUGAAGCAUCGGCGCGCCCUGGUGCAGCAGGCUCGUUUACAGCAACACCGCCAACAGGAGGGUGGCGGCGACUGGAAGAGCAUUCUGGCCAUGCUCAUGAAGUUCACGGGUAUUCACGAGGCACCCACCCAGCGCUUUAAGGUGGUGGUCCCGCGGAACUCGAUCGGGGACUUGCUGUCGCGCGAGGGCCACAGUUUGUGGAAGAUCCGGUCGGAGAGGGCCUGCUUGAUGCAGCUUAUGCGACCGAUCGAUAACCUAGCGGAUGUGGACCCCUACGUGGUGAUCCGUGGCCAGUCCACCCCCGUGCUCGCUGCUGUGGAUGAUAUCCUAAAGAUUGCUAAGGGCGUCACGGUCAUCGAUCAGUCGGAUCUUUCCGAGUUAGACGCUGCCGGGUCGGGCGGCGACGCGAGGAUGCAGACCACUACGAUUCUGCCCCAGCGACUGACGGUAGCACACAGAAUCUACGAACUUACCAGGAGGGCCGAUCGGAUACGCCGGCCAAAAGUAUGGACGGUCAAGACUUUUGACACGUAUGUUGCAGCUCUGGUCGAUGGGGUGAUGGACCCCAACCUGGCCCGGAAGGCGUACCGAAAUAAGGGUGGCCACAGGGAAAACCACAAGGACAUAGUGGCUCGGCUGCUUUACGACGUCUUUCACGAUCCGGACGCAGCGGCCGCGGUGUCUGUGCCGGCCAUCAACCUCGCGUUGCGGUAUCUUACGCCCGGUGGCGAGACAUAUGCGCACGUGGCCCAGGCGCUGUUGAAGCGAGCUAGAGAGCUGGAUUUGCGACCCAGCACUGACAUGUGCAACCUGGUUCUCGAGACGGCGGUUGCGACCAAGAAUCUAUUGGCCUUUGAGUCUACGCUGAGCCAGAUGGUGGUCCACAAGCACCAACCAAACUUGCAAACAUGGCUUCUGUUUCUCCGCUUGAUUGAGUCGGAGGAGGUCAUGCGCUUCACUGUCAAGAAGAUGGACACCAAGGGCUUUUUUGCCGACCCUGUGGCAGUGCGGCAAGUUGCAGCCUUUAUGGCGGACGUCGACGCGCACCGCGCCAUCCAGGAGGGCCAGGGCGCAGACGCCUUCUUGGCCGGCCUUCGAGAGCUGUACGGUCCGGGAUGGCAGCUCAACUCGUUCGCCGGCAACCGGUAUUUGGACAUAUUUGGGCGGUACAGCAAGUUCGACGACAUGACGCGGCUCCUAGAAUACUGGUUCUCGUGCCGGAGCACCAAUCCAUCCGUGGUGUCCCUCAACACGGCGAUCGCCCACUGUAAACAGCACCGCCAGAUGAGCCGUGCCAUUCAAUUCGUGCGCAUGUUUGAGGAGCAUGGCCGCGACAAGGUGGCCAACGAGAUCACUUUCCGCCUUUUGUACAUGCUCGCGCGGAAGACGCGGAAGCCGCACACCCUUGGCGCCGUAUGGCGGUACGCGAAUCGCGUUGGAAUGACGGACUCCGGGAUGCGCGAACAUGCUAUCAAGAUGAUUGCCGCACACCGGGAGAUUGGUCGGCUGACAGGCCGCCUCGACGGGCUGUGGAGGAAACCGGUCAAUUUGCCACUUAGCAGGCAAGAGUUUGUGAGCAACCUGUUCGUGGGUGACUACAAG